AUGAAUCUUGCGCAGUCCAAAGUGUUUGCCAUAGUGUCCUUGGGCGUGGGCAGUAUCUUGUCCGGCCUGUUGCCGGCAUGUUUCACGAACAAAAGUCGGAAACGUUACCCCCUGGGUUUGUCGUGCCUGCUCUGUUUCGGGGGCGGUGUGCUGCUCGCCACGUCCCUAAUCCACAUCCUGCCCGAAGCGAGGGAGGCCACUCGAAAAAACUUCAAACCUUACACGGAACUGUUUUUCUGCGGAGGUUUCUUCCUCCUCUACCUCAUGGACGAGACCGUGCAUUAUUUCUACGGCGCGGAGGGUCACAAGCACGAGACACAUUUCGAAGGAGGCGAAAUACGCAGGAGACACUCAGCAAGCGACAAAAACUCGUACGGCACCGCAGAGAACGGCGCCCUCUUGCGGUAUCAGCGGUCGCCCCCUUACAACCCGGCAUUUUUUCGGGCAAGGAGCGACAGUUUCUUGUACCAGGACAAUAACGCGACACCCUCGCAACUGUGCCACGUGGGGCACCAGGAACCAUGUCCGAGUUCGGUACCGACUGCGAACUUUGGGUUGCUGGUCGCAUUGUCCGUUCAUUCGCUCCUCGAGGGUUUAGUGGUCGGGCUUGAGGAUCUUCCCAGUAAGGUGUUGCUGUUGCUCGGCGCCAUAGCCUCGCACAAGCUGGUGGUGGGGUUCUGUUUGGGCGCCGAACUGGCGUCGGGUCCUCAAGUGACGUUCUGCACUCAUUUCGUAAGCGUCCUGGUGUUCGCGGGAGCGUCCCUGGCGGGGAUCGUCCUCGGAAUGGUCAUAUCCGAGGUCCCGAGGAAUAUCACCAGCGCCGUCAUACCGAUAUUACAAGCGCUGGCAGGCGGGACCCUGCUGUAUGUCACAGUAAGCGAAGUGCUGCCGCGGGAGCGCGCUAGGUGGCACCAGCAGCACGGCAAGAGGGCGGCGGGCGUGGUGCAAUUGGCCGCCGCCACCGCCGGUUUUUGCCUAAUGACCGUUUUCAGUCGAUAUUUGGGCGAAUAGUAUUAAUAAAU